UCGCACGCGUCGCAACCGGCUGCCUGCCUGUGCGCUAGGCUGGCGAAGCGGGGCGGCGGACGCGGAGCGAGGGACCUGUCUCCCGGGCCCGCUAUGUAUUACAAGUUCAGCGGCUUCACACAGAGGCUGGUUGGGGUGGGCGCUUCCACUGCUUACACCCCGCAGGGACUCAAGCCAAUAGUGUCCACGGAAUCACCAGCUUUGAUACUUGAAACGCCAACGAAAAUUGCCUCAGAAGCUCCAUCAACAGUUGAGCAUUUUGGUAAAAGCAGAGUGGUAGAACUGCAAAAGUUUUUUCAGAAACCUGAUGGUCUGCCGGUACAUCUGAAACGUGGUGUUCCUGACCAGCUUCUUUAUCGGACCACUAUGGCGCUAACAAUAGGUGGGACCAUCUACUGCCUCAUAGCCCUCUACAUGGCUGCCAACCCAAAAAGAAGGAAGUGACUCAUUUCUUACCAGUGCAGACUGAUACCUUAUCCUCUGGAAGGAACCUUCAGCAAUUACACUUCACUCAUGUGAUUUGUACAUAGAAAAGUUUUGAAGUAUGCUAGUGAGUUUAAGAAAAAUACUGUGCAGAGUGGUGCACUUCCAACACUUAGGGAAAGAAGAACAAAAAUCAAUGCCAGAUGGUGGGAGGAAGUCAUCAUCUCCUAUGUAAUUUUGCAGAUUAGUUUACUCACCCUUCACUAAAGCAUAAUUGAUUAGCUUGCCGAGUUUACAAGCUGGAAGGCAUAAGCUGAUGAUUGAAAGUGGAAAUCAAGUUACGUUGACCCCUGCCUUAACAUCACCCCAUUCUUGAAAGGAACAAGGGUGAAAAGAUUUUGAAAAUCCACUUGACUUACAGAAGCUACAGUGAUGGGUUAAAGUAUUGCGUUGAUUCAAAAUGGGGAACUGAGAGUAUUUAUUUUGACACUUCUCAUAGGAAUCUAACAUUUGGGCCUCUUCAGAUUCUCUUGAAAACCUUGCUGCGUUUUUCAUGGAGUCGUUUCUGGUGAAGGGCUAUGUUGUUCUGGUCAGCUCAUAACAUUCUAAUCUAAAGAUAUGUAUACUUCAUUAGUUCCACUUCUGUGAGCACAUCUCUUGGAAGCAGAGUGUUGCUUUUGAGACAGGUUCCAUGUAGCAGCACUAACUACAACAUGUUCUCUCACACACACACCCAUACACACAAUUUCUCUAAAAUAAAGUUCUGUUUGUUUUAACAUUGGAAUAAAUAUAGUAGUAUGAAUACUGGA